AUAAAAUAAAUAAAUGACAUAAUCAGUGUAGAUGGAGGGAGUUAAACCCCAGUUUCAGUGCCACUCUCUGGCUGCAGAUAUCGCUUAGUCACCGCCGCUCACCGGGAGAAGCAGCGCCUCCCUGUGUCCACACCGAUUGGUUGGAGAUCUUGACGGGCUCGCCUUCUCCACAGACCGUCUCCAGUCCAGGGCGGGGCUGACUCUCCGCCAAACUGAAUUAGGCUACAACCGGCAGAAGAAAACUUACCCCGGGUCGAUUCAUGGAGCAGUGUGGGAAUGCUCUGUCCGUAGGUGGGAAGCAGAGAUCCGGACGGCGGCUAUACAUUUCCACCCCAGCACCUUGGACUGCCUCUGCUGCUGGUGUGAUCAAGACUGGCCAGAUUUAAUACCACGGCACCGGGCUUGGCUUAAAAAACAUCUGCGGGCUGUGGGGAAAAAAACAAGAAGCGCGUUUAUUCCUGCGCCUCUGUAUCAGGAUGAUGUGACAAAUCAUCUCAUCUGCUGCCUGGAGGAGAAAAAAAUCUGUGAAACCGGAUUUGUUUUCACUGCUGGGGAUCAUCUGAGCCGGUUGUUAGAAGGCUGGCAGGCCUAGGGUGGGACAGAGAACAUGGCUGAACCACGGCGGGAGAGUACCAGCAGCCUGCAGAGGAAGAAACCUCCCUGGCUCAGACUGGACAUUCCCACGGCUCAGAUGUCACUAGAUGAGCCUCCCACUUUUGUUCAGCCGGUGAAGAGGCAGGGGUUCCUGCGCAGUAUCAGCAUGCCAGUGGAGACCUCUCACCUCCAGUCCCCUCCUCGCGACCUGUUUGACACCCGGCGGCCUGUCUUACAACGCCAGUCAUCCAUCACACAGACCAUAAAGAGCAGCAGAAGGGUGCACUUUGAGCGGAUUAACACGGUUCCCAUUAAAGGGCAGCGGGCUGCUCGCCGCAGCAUCAGGAAACACCACUCGCUCUCCAGAACCCUGCUCAGGGGAACGGCAGACUGGUUUGGGGUCAGCAAGGACGGCGAUGCCACCCAGAAAUGGCAGAGGAAAAGCCUGCGCCACUGCAGCCUGCGCUACGGAAAGCUCAAACCACAGGUGAUCCGAGAGAUGGAUCUGCCCAGCCAGGACAACAUCUCAUUAACCAGCACGGAGACUCCACCUCCUCUUUAUGUGCCCUCUUCACAACAUGGCAUGCAGAAGAUUGUGGACCCGCUGGCGCGAGGGCGAGCCUUCCGUAUGGUGGAGGAGGUGGAUGGCUACAGCGUGCCUCAGACCCCCAUCACCCCUGGAGCCGCCUCGCUUUGUUCCUUCACCAGCUCCCGCUCAGGACUCAACCGACUGCCUCGUCGACGUAAGAGGGAGUCUGUGGCAAAGAUGAGCUUCAGGGCCGCAGCAGCGCUGGUCAAGGGGCGUUCGAUACGGGAGAGCACUCUAAGACGAGCCCAAAGACGCAGCUUCACCCCUGCCAGCUUCAUAGACGAGGACAUGGUUGACUUUCCUGAUGAACUGGACACAUCUUUCUUUGCCAGAGAUAUUCUGAUGCAUGAGGAGUUGUCCACGUACACAGAUGAGGUGUUUGAGUCGCCGUCUGAGGCAGCCAUGAAGGAGGCAGAGCCCAGCGGCAAGAAGGACGAGACAGAGCUGACAGGCAGCGCCCUAGAUAAGACAGAGCUAGAGAGAAGUCAUCUCAUGCUACCUCUGGAGCGAGGGUGGCGUAAAGCCAAAGAAGGAACUCCAGGACCGCCAAAGGUGCCCUUGCGGCAGGAGGUGGUGAGUGUUACCGGACAGCGGCGUGGGCAGCGCAUCGUUGUACCUGUCAAGAAGCUUUUUGCCAGAGAGAAGAGGCCUUAUGGAUUGGGCAUGGUAGGGAAGCUCACAAAUCGAACCUACCGCAAGCGCAUUGACAGCUACGUCAAGAGGCAGAUAGAGGACAUGGAUGACCACAGGCCUUUUUUUACAUACUGGAUCACCUUUGUCCAUUUGCUCAUCACUAUCCUGGCUGUAUGCAUCUACGGUAUUGCACCAGUGGGCUUUUCCCAACAUGAGACAGUUGAUUCUGUUUUAAGAAACAAAGGUGUAUAUGAAAAUGUCAAGUUUGUACAGCAGGAGAACUUUUGGAUCGGGCCGGGUUCGGAAGCUCUGAUCCACUUGGGGGCCAAAUACUCUCCAUGCAUGCGGCAGGACAAACAGGUGCAUGAUCUUAUCAGGGAAAAGAGAGCUAUCGAACGCAACUCUGCCUGCUGUGUGCGGAACGAUCGCUCCGGCUGCGUCCAAACCUCAGAGGAGGAAUGCUCGAGUACUCUAGCUGUGUGGGUAAAGUGGCCGAGGCAUUCCAGCACACCUCAGUUAAAUGGUAUCGACAGACAGUAUGGAUCUGUGUGUCAUCAGGAUCCAAGGAUAUGUCUAGAGCCUGCCUCAGUAUCACCUCAUGAGUGGCCUGACGACAUCAGCAAGUGGCCAAUUUGUACCAGGUACAACACAGGGAACCACACCAACCUGCCUCAUAUAGACUGUACCAUCACAGGCCGACCCUGCUGCAUUGGAACCAAAGGGAGGUGUGAAAUCACAUCCCGGGAAUAUUGCGACUUCAUGAACGGUUACUUUCAUGAGGAGGCUACGCUCUGCUCUCAAGUGCACUGCAUGGACGAUGUGUGUGGACUGUUGCCUUUCCUCAACCCCGAGAUCCCAGAUCAGUUUUACAGGCUCUGGCUCUCACUUUUUCUGCAUGCUGGGAUCCUUCACUGCCUGGUGUCGGUGGCUUUCCAGAUGACCAUCCUGAGGGACUUGGAGAAGCUGGCGGGCUGGCUGCGCAUCUCAAUCAUUUACAUUCUCAGUGGCAUCACUGGCAACUUAGCUUCAGCCAUCUUUUUGCCCUAUAGAGCAGAGGUGGGCCCAGCCGGCUCUCAGUUUGGGAUCCUUGCCUGCCUGUUCGUGGAGCUGUUUCAGAGCUGGCAGAUCCUGGCCCAGCCCUGGAGGGCCUUCACCAAGCUGCUCUGUGUGGUGCUCUUUCUCUUUGCCUUUGGGCUCCUGCCCUGGAUCGACAAUUUCGCCCACAUUUGUGGCUUCAUCUCCGGCUUCUUCCUGUCCUUCGCCUUCUUACCCUACAUCAGCUUCGGCCGCAUGGACCUGUACCGCAAACGCUGUCAGAUCAUUGUCUUCCUGCUGGUGUUUGUCGGGCUCUUUUCAGGCCUCGUGGUGCUCUUCUAUGUCUACCCAAUCAAGUGUGAAUGGUGCGAGUUGCUCACCUGCAUCCCUUUCACGGACAAAUUCUGCGAGAAGUACGACCUCAACGCUCACCUCCACUGAAGUGUGGACGGCGUGAGCGCGGCAGGAAGGCAUCAGGUCAAAACAUGUGGACUAACAGAUGAUAUCAGCCAGUCUGUGUGUCCACUCUGCCCCCGUGUGACUGUCCCCUUCUCUGUGAACAAUGACAGCAUACUUGUGUUAAGUUUUUUUACUCUGUCAGUAUGAAUACCUAUGCCACUCAUCUUAAACAACCUCUUUUAAUCACCUCCCUGUUCACCGGCAGUCAUUGUCACUCCUUCACUGUCCAGUGAAACAAAGGUAUGGCACUUCUGAACCUCAUCAAAAUUCCCAGCUGCCCUUUACACGUGAGGCAGGAAUUAGUGAAGCCAGCGCUGGUACAGAGAGAAGGAAUAUUUAAUUUUUUACAUUCACACUCCAGACAUAGGUUUUAUUAUUCAGGCAACCUCAUACAGAAGCAGGGACAAAAAUCAAAUAUUGAUACCUUUUGUGCCUUGUUGAUAAAUGUACCAACUACUGCCAUAUUUUUGUUACAUUAUGCUGAGCACUCGAAUGUUUUCUUUUAUUUGUUUAUUGCUUCUCAAGAAGUGAUGAUUGUUUUGAACACGGUAGUGUUUUAGCUACCUGUCUACUCACAUGUAACUGAAAACAACAGUAAAAAAAAAAAACAACAAAAAAAACAAAUUAAA